GGGGGCCCGGGGCGGCGCGGGCGCGGGCUUGGGGGGGGGCGGUUCGUCCCGGCCCCGAGGUGGGUUAACCCUCGGCAGGUAGCUGCCGCCGCCGCCGCCGCCGCUGCGGGAUUCGGGGGCCGCCCCUCCGCCUCCUUCCUCCCCGCUCGCUCCUCGCUCGCUCGCCUUGUUACAAUGUAGCCUUUUCUCUGCGCCGACGUUCCGCCCGCUGACGGACGUGGCCGCCGACCAAUGGGAGCGGCGGCCCGGGCCGAGCGUUCGGAAUGAGAACGCGGUGACAGGGGCGGGGCGGAGCGCGGAAUGCUGGAGGGCUCUCUGCGGCCGCUGGCCUAGUUCUGGGGGGCACUUUCGGCUCGCUGCAUGGGGCUGAUGUCGGGGGCUCCGGCCCUUCAGGAGGCGGUGGGGGCCUCUUCCAACGCCGCCCGCGGCGACUUCCCGGAGGUGGCCGAGCCGGGGGCCGUUUCUUUAAUAUAUUUUAAGUCUUAGUUGCCGCGUAGACUCUUCGGGAAAUCUCUCUGGAGCGUAGCCUCCAUCCCCCACUCGCAAUCCCCAAGGUGCUCUCUUCUGCAGGAACUGCAGAAACUUGGCGGCCAGUGACCUUUCUCCGGUCAAGGCCAGCACGCCCUAAGCAAGUCGCCGCAAAGAGCAUAACACAUUGCUUGAGCGUUGGGCGAUGCUGGUUGAAAAGUUGCUUCUGUCUUGAACUGGGUUAGGCGGGAGGGGUUUGACCCCUGGGAUGGGCUGGGACUUAGGAGAGAAUAAUGUUCAAUCUUUCUUCGUAGACGUUGGCUUCAUGUGGGGAAAGGCUGUGGUAUAUAAUUUAGAGUGGCUGAGAGGAAACACACCCAGUUCUUUGUGCUCAGGGACAGGAGGCAAUAAUGAGAGAUUGCUCUUGAUGCCUGGAAACCCUAUAAACUUAGGGGGGUUUGUCUGGGCUGGGGCAAAAGAAUUUUCCGUGGUGCCAUAUGCCAGUGGCACCCAAGCUGGCCUUUGUCCACAGUACCCUUGAGAGGAAGGGAGCUGUUAGGGAGGUGGGGUCCUGGGUCUGAGUCUCUAACAGGCUGUGGUGUCCUUACCUGUGGGGUGGGGGCAUGGUGUUCACCCACCAGCUCUCUGAGAGGUGAGGUGGGCAGAGUUCUGUGUGGCCAAAUGUCUCAGAGCCUGCUGGGAAGAGUCCCAUAUGAUUGCUUGAGUUUAAGGAAAGUGGUUCUCUGUUGGGAGUCCUUCCCCCACCACCGUGUUAUAACUGUAUGACUUUGGAUUUGGCACGGUUACCUUUGAUCUCUCUGAACCUUGCUUCUCCAUCCUGAAAAUGGAGCCAACAGAACCUGUGUGGCAAGGCAGUUGUGAGAUUAAAGGUGAUAGAGAUAAAAUGCCUAGUCUGUGCUCCACACAUGAUUCGAGAAGUGUUGUUCUCUAUCUGGGAUUAUUGUGGAACCUACUAUCCCGGGACCAUCAGAAUUGCCCAGCCCAAGACCAUCCGAUUCCAGACAGGGCCUCCAAGGAGCAGCUGGGGCAUGGGCUAGUUCUCUUUCCUAAUGACAUUCUCAAAGACAAGGGGUUCCCCCUCCCUUGUCCCAAGAGCCCCGAUCAGCCAUCACAACCAGCACUUCUAUCCAUCAUUGACAUGAGUUAGAGUUCUGUCCUCCAGACCCCUUGGAUUGAUGUGUUUCAUAAAUUUGUUUUCUUUGGUGUCAGUAAGACUUCUGUCAUUUGAAUCUUUCCUCUCGGAGUCUUGGAUGUGGAGAUGGGGUUUCCCUGGUUCUAGGUCACUGGCAAGUGUGAAGUAAAGACCAUCGGACUAGGAGUCAGGAGUCACACGUUUAUUCAGCUGCCUCGUUGGCCCAUCCCCUUGGCUUUAUCAUAGUCAUGACCGGCGCACAGCAUCCAAGGCCGUCCCUUGCCUCCUGUCCAUCCUCAGGAAAUAUUCUGAGCCUCCGAACUGUCUACCUGCAGCUUCCCCUCCUUGCCAGUCUCCACCUCACAAUCAGAGUGAUCCAUUCCGAAAAAGCUCACAUCAGGCCUCUUGUUUCUUUCUUAAAACUCAGAAGAGUCUUCUCAGCUUUUGGGAUAAAGAACCAAAUCGCCCCCAUGACCUAAAAGCUCUGGAGUGAUCUGUCCCCUGCCCCUUCCUCAGCCUCACCUCACACCCUCCCCCCAGAUCUCCCUGCGCUCCAAGUUUAGUUCUCUCCUGCAUGUGCCCCGCCCUUCUUCUGGAAUACUGGACCGCUUAUGAUCUAAUGAAUGAGUUGAGACUGGUAAGGGCAAGGUGGAGCAGGAUACUGUCUGGGUAGUUCUUGAUACUAACCCCUAAACAUUUCCAGUUCACCCAGGCACAGGGAAGGAUUGAAUCUGGGGACCCUUGUGCUUGGGUGGGGCUGUGUGGCUGGUGGGUGAGUUAUGAGCUUCAGUGACACAAAUCAGGUUGGGCCAAAGCAUCUAGUGGCCAGUGCACAAGCCUCCAGAGUGUUCUUUUCCUGUGGCAUGGCAGGUAGCGGCAGGUGGGAUGGCGGCUGCCUUUGCUAGUCUGUGUCCCUGGGUGGCUGUGUGGCACAGAUCCCCUUGACAAUGUCCCACGAUGGACAUGUAGCUUGAAUGAUAACUAAACCUUUGUUGUUUGCAACCACUGAGAUUUGGGGGUUGUUUGUUACUACAGCAUAACCUAGCCUGAACUGACCGAUACAAGGACUAGAGGAACAUUCCAGGCUGAGACAAGUACAUACACACUUGUCUCGGGACUCGGGAAGGCUCACCAUUAGCAGCCAGGGUGACCCUUCGGACAAACAAAUGUGAGUCUAUCAACCCCUGCCUGGAAAACUUUCAGGGACUCCCAAUGCUGUUCGGAGAAAGCUAGAAAUCAUUUAGCUGCCUUCCAGACCCUGUGGGGACACCGUUUUGCAUCCCUCCAUUCGCUAUGUUCCACCUGACAUGGCGCAUUGUCCCGUCAGCCCUGACCAUGCACCGCAUUCCCCCUGCUUAGGCUUCCUCAUCCAUCUUUCAGCUUCCACUUCACCUCUUCAGGGAAGCCCUCCCUGAUUAGGUGGAGCCCUGCAUGACAGCCUCUCCUGACCCCAUGUACCUCUCCUUUGCAGCACUCAUCUCUGUAGCAAUUUUAUAGUUGUGGGUGUGAUUACUGAUUCUGGUCUCCGCCUUUCAUCAGACUGGGAGCUCUGCGGGGGCAGGGCCUGGGUUUGCUGCUCUAUUUCCAGGGUCUGCACACAAGGGCUGCUUCUGAAGAUUCCCUGAGCAUUGACUGCAGGUUCACUGGGUGCCGGGGGCGAGAGACAGGGUAAAUGAACCCUGCUUCCUGGGUGUCAGGGCAGGUGGGUCCUGCUGGAAGGAGGCAUCAGGCGUGGUGGACAAACUGGUCUGUAGGGUAUAGGUACCAAGCUCCCCACACUUACAGGAGGCCGCGCCCCACAAGGACCAUGUUUCUGGGAGGUCUGAGAGGACACCCGGGAGGGCAAGAGUGUGGGAUUUAACAAACCCUGAGGCUUCUGCUGAUCUAGAGAGUAUAUGAUAAGGUGAUGGGGCCACAGGGUAGGAGAUCCAGGGGUGAUGAAAAUAAUGAUGGCAAAGGAGUGAAUGUUUAUUGAGGGCUCUUGAGGGUCCUAGGCAUGUCUCUAUGUAGAAAGCCACUCCACAAGGUAUGUGUUAUUAUUGCCAUUUCACAAAUGGGUAAACUGAGGGCCCAGAAGGUGGUGUAAAAGAUCCAGGGUUACACAGGGAUAUGGCCACGAUUGGAACCCUGGCAUUCUGAUGCCACCUCCUUGAGGAUGCCCUCUUAGAAUGAAGACAGAGAACCCCAGACCCACUGAGGAGAUACCCCUUUGGAAAUGUCACAUGGGUUUAUAAAACCCUUCUAGGGGGGUAAAUUCCCAGGAGGUGACACCCACCUACCCUUAGGGUUUGUGCAAACUGGUUUCUGGCCCAGAGCUGCUUGGUGGUCUUGCUGCCAGGGCUGGUCUGGAACCAUCUGGUACAUCUCCACCCCUGCUGGGGCCCGAGAAUCCUUGGAGGCCCCAGAGCCCCAUGUUCUCAGAGUGGGGCCUGGGAGAGGCUUCCCCACAGCUGGCCCAGGGGCUGCGCCGGAAAAAUAAGCCGUGCAGAAAGGGGGGAAAAAACAAUGAAGAAAAAAGAAAAAAAUGUGCUGUUAUUUUUAAAAAGCCUGUUUCCUAUUGCAGAUUUGUAUCUGUGUUGGAAAGCCCGGUGUUCGCGUGGUGCAGCCACACUCGUGGUGGUGUCCUUGGCCAGGGCUCUGUAAAAGGGGAGGCCUGGGGCCUCCUUUAGUUCUUCCUUUCUUCAUCAGGUGAUCAGGGCCCAUGGGCCAUCCCUGGGCCAGGUACUGUGCUAGGCUUGGGGGUGCAAGGAGAACCCAGUCUCUGCUCCUGUAGAACUUAUGGACCAGCGUGGGAGGUGAGCAAUUAACCAGGCAGUUAAAGAUUCUAGUACAAGGAUGUAAGGCAGAUGGCCACCGACUCUAGGUCAAGGGAAGCUUCCUGGAGGAGGAGGUGGCCUUCGAGCUGGGUUUCGAAGGGUUGAGGAGAUAGUAGAGAGGGGCGAGGCAUUCUUAUGUGGGGUAUGGCUUGUGCAAAGGCCUGGGCACACAGAAGGGCUUGGAGAAACUCAAGUAGUUCGGUUUCCCUCCCUAUAAGUGGAGACUGUAGGAUCAGUCCAGGGCCACAUUCUUUGGACAAAACUUUUUUCCUCCCUGUCCUCAUGACCAGAUUUAAGAAGAACACAUAUUGUGCCCCCUGAGGUCCCUUCUAUAUCCAUUUAUGGAUGGGAAGCUCAAGCAAGUUCAGAGAGGUUAAGUGACUAGCUCCAGAUCACCCAGCUAUAAUCUAAUCUUUCCAGUCACCCGAGAAACCCACAUUUAUAAAUGUAGCCUCAGGGGUGGCCUACCUGUGUUAGUUAACGAUUCCCAGCAGGUCUCCUGGGUGCUUUAAAUGUGGGAUUUGAUUUAUCCCUUGGUUUACACAGCUGGUUACAGGCCCUUCUCCCCACCUGGGAACCUCAUGGGUGAGAACUUGCAGGCACAUUUGGACAGACCAAGAGUCUCCAAUGAAAUGACAUGGGCUGAAGGAGGCGGGGAGAGGGGAGGGGGCAGACGGCUGCUGACUGUCCUGCUCCCUAGCAUCAGCCUCAGAUCCCUGGUGAGUGCUAAGGGGCAGGGACCCUUUAUGCAAAGCCACACCUGGGCCUCCAGCCUUCAGUGCCUUCUAGAACUUUCCCUUCCACCACUCUCUCUAACCCCCCCAACCCGACCCGUAAGGCCAACGGGGACUCCUCCCAACUCAUCUUUUUCCAGAUUCCCCUGUCAAUGGCCCGUGAGGCCCAUGGGCUGGCUCUCAUGAACCCCAUUUUAGAGCUGAGAAGAUGGGGGAUCCCAGAGAGAAAGUGGCAUGCCAGAGGUUGUACUGUUUAGGGAGUGACCAAGCUAAAUCCCAAAUCUAGGACCCCUUCCUCUGCACCCACUAUCCUCCUGCAAUCAUCAGAGUAAGAUGGGGAAUUCUGAGAGCUUUUGGCCCAGUCUCUGUGCCCUGCUUUCCAGAAGGAGUGGCUGUGGGGGGGGGGUACUGCUUGACUCUGCUGUGACAGCAGCUCACCCCUUCCUAAGGAGACAGAGGCAGCAGACCCGGGUCAUGUGCAUGAGGACCUGGGGGAAGGGGGAGGGGAGAGUGGCCAGCGGGCCUUCUCUGGCUCAUGGCGGGGCUGGGGGCCAGAGUGGGACCAGCAGACAAGGCGAGCAACUUGACCUGGGCACCGAGCUGGGCUGGUAUGGACGUCACCAAGCAAGUAAAUAUGGAACCACCCCCACAGUGUCAGCUUUCCCAGAGUGGCUUCUCCCACUAUCUCCCACUUUCCCAGAGGGAAAGGGGUGAGGGCCGGGAAGGGAUCCUGCUGCCCGAUGCUCGGGGGAUGGAGAUGGCCGGCUUGGGAGGCUCUGGGCUGGCCGACGGGCCUGGGGAACAGCCCACCGGACCCUCAGCCCCAGCAGGGAGUGAGCCUUUCGUGGGGGCGGCUGACUGGGAGCCAGCCCGGGUGGACUCAGCAUUGUCAUGGCCCAAGGACAGAAUGACUGACAACAUGAAGGAGUGCCUGGCCCAGACCAAGGCGGCUGUGGGGGAUAUGGUGACCGUGGUGAAGACCGAGGUCUGCUCCCCACUCCGAGACCAGGAGUAUGGCCAGCCCUGCUCUAGGAGACCAGACCCCUCACCCAUGGAAGUGGAGCCCAAGAAACUGAAGGGGAAGCGUGAGCUCAUCAUGCCCAAAAGCUUCCAGCAAGUGGACUUCUGGUUCUGCGAGUCCUGCCAGGAGUACUUUGUGGAUGAGUGCCCGAACCACGGUCCCCCAGUGUUUGUGUCCGACACGCCAGUGCCCGUGGGCAUCCCAGACAGGGCUGCCCUCACCAUCCCGCAGGGCAUGGAGGUGGUCAAGGAAGCCAGUGGGGAGAAUGACGUGCGAUGCAUAAAUGAGGUCAUCCCCAAGGGCCACAUCUUCGGCCCCUAUGAGGGGCAGAUCUCCACCCAGGACAAAUCAGCUGGCUUCUUCUCCUGGCUGAUUGUGGACAAGAAUAACCGCUACAAGUCUAUAGAUGGGUCAGACGAGACUAAAGCCAACUGGAUGAGGUACGUGGUCAUCUCCCGGGAGGAGAGGGAGCAGAACCUGCUGGCCUUCCAGCACAGCGAGCGCAUCUACUUCCGAGCGUGCCGGGACAUCCGGCCUGGGGAACGGCUCCGGGUCUGGUACAGCGAGGACUACAUGAGGCGUCUACACAGCAUGUCCCAGGAAACCAUCCACCGCAAUCUGGCCAGAGGAGAGAAGAGGUUGCAGAGGGAGAAGUCUGAGCAGGCUCUGGAUAACCCAGAAGACCUGAGGGGUCCCAUUCAGCUCCCCGUGUUGAGACAGGGCAAAAGUCCGUACAAGCGUGGCUUUGAUGAGGGGGACGCACACCCCCAGGCCAAGAAGAAGAAGAUUGACCUCAUUUUCAAGGAUGUGUUGGAGGCUUCGCUGGAGUCUGCAAAGGCGGAAGCUCGUCAGUUGGCUUUGAGCACCUCGCUGGUCAUCAGGAAGGUCCCCAAGUACCAGGACGAUGCCUACAGUCGGUGUGCUAUGAGCGUGUCCCAUGGCGUGCAGAAUGUCAGCCGGACCUCAGGGGAAGGGGACUGGAAGAUCCCGCAGGGGGCUUCCAAGGAGCCAGGCCCAUUGGAGGAUGAAGAGGAGGAGCCUUCGUCCUUCAAGGCCGACAGUCCCGCAGAGGCCUCCCUUGCGUCCGACCCUCACGAGCUUCCCACCACCUCCUUUUGCCCUAACUGUAUCCGCCUAAAGAAGAAGGUUCGGGAACUUCAGGCUGAACUAGACAUGCUUAAGUCCGGGAAGCUUCCCGAGGCCCCUGUAUUGCCAACACAGGUACUGGAGCUCCCAGAGUUCUCGGACCCUGCAGCCUCGGAGAGCCUGGUCUCCGGCCCCGCCCUCAUGGAGGACGACGACCAGGAGGUCGAUUCUGCCGAUGAGUCCGUGUCCAACGACAUGAUGACCGCCGCCGACGAGCCCUCCAAGCUGUCUUCCGCCAGCGGGCGCCGCAUCCGCCGCUUCAAGCAAGAGUGGCUGAAGAAGUUCUGGUUCCUGCGGUACUCCCCAACCCUCAACGAGAUGUGGUGCCACGUAUGCCGUCAGUACACCGUGCAGUCAUCCCGCACGUCGGCCUUCAUCAUCGGCUCCAAGCAGUUCAAGAUCCACACCAUCAAGCUGCACAGCCAGAGCAACCUGCACAAGAAGUGUCUGCAGCUGUACAAGCUGCGGAUGCACCCCGAGAAGACGGAGGAGAUGUGCCGCAACAUGACCCUGCUCUUCAACACCGCCUACCACCUGGCGCUCGAGGGCCGGCCCUACCUGGACUUCCGGCCACUGGCCGAGCUCCUGCGCAAGUGCGAGCUCAAGGUGGUGGACCAGUACAUGAACGAGGGCGACUGCCAGAUCCUCAUUCACCACAUCGCGCGCGCGCUGCGCGAGGACCUGGUGGAGCGCGUCCGCCAGUCGCCCUGCCUCAGCAUCAUCUUGGACGGGCAGAGCGACGACCUGCUGGCCGACACGGUGGCUGUCUACGUCCAGUACACCAGCAGCGACGGCCCCCCGGCCACCGAGUUCCUGUCCCUGCAGGAGCUGGGCUUCUCCAGCACCGAGAGCUACCUGCAGGCUCUCGACCGGGCCUUCUCGGCUCUGGGCAUCCGGCUGCAGGACGAGAAGCCCACUGUGGGCCUGGGCAUCGACGGAGCCAACAUCACGGCUAGCCUGCGCGCCAGCAUGUUCAUGACCAUCCGCAAGACGCUGCCGUGGCUGCUGUGCCUGCCCUUCAUGGUGCACCGGCCCCACCUGGAGAUCCUGGACGCCAUCAGCGGCAAGGAGCUGCCCUGCCUGGAGGAGCUGGAGAACAACCUGAAGCAGUUGCUGAGUUUCUACCGGUACUCGCCGCGCCUCAUGGGCGAGCUGCGGUCCACGGCGUCCACCCUGUGCGAGGAGACAGAGUUCCUGGGGGACAUCCGCGCUGUGAGGUGGAUCAUCGGGGAGCAGAACGUCCUCAACGCCCUCAUUAAAGACUACCUAGAGGUGGUGGCCCACCUCAAGGACGUCAGCAGCCAGACGCAGCGGGCCGAUGCGUCGGCCAUUGCGCUGGCCCUGCUUCAGUUCCUCAUGGACUACCAGUCCGUCAAGCUCAUCUACUUCCUCCUCGAUGUGAUCGCUGUGCUCUCGCGCCUGGCCUAUGUCUUCCAGGGCGAGUACCUCCUGGUGUCGCAGGUGGACGACAAGAUCGAGGAGGCCAUCCAGGAGGUCAGCCGCCUGGCCGACUCCCCCGGGGAGUACCUGCAGGAGUUCGAGGAGAACUUCCGAGAGAGCUUCAACGGGAUCGCCAUGAAGAACCUCAGGGUGGCCGAAGCCAAGUUCCAGUCCGUCAGGGAGAAGAUCUGCCAGAAGACCCAGGUGAUCCUGGCUCAGAGGUUUGAUUCCCGCAGCCGGAUCUUUGUGAAGGCCUGCCAGGUGUUCGACCUGGCCGCCUGGCCCAGGAACAGCGAGGAGCUCCUGAGCUAUGGCAAGGAGGACAUGGUGCAGAUAUUCGAUCACCUGGAGGCCAUCCCGACCUUCUCCCGGGAUGUCUGCAGGGAGGGGCUGGACCCCCGGGGCAGCUUGCUGAUGGAGUGGCGGGAGCUCAAGGCGGAUUACUAUACCAAAAAUGGCUUCAAAGACCUGAUUGGCCACAUCUGCAAGUACAAACAGCGCUUCCCGCUCUUGAACAAGAUCAUCCAGGUCCUCAAAGUCCUCCCCACGUCCACUGCCUGCUGCGAGAAAGGCCGCAACGCCCUGCAGCGAGUCCGCAAAAACCACCGCUCCCGCCUGACCCUGGAGCAGCUCAGCGACCUGCUGACCAUCGCUGUGAACGGCCCGCCGAUCGCCAACUUCGACGCCAAGCGAGCCCUGGACAGCUGGUUCGAGGAGAAAUCUGGCAACAGUUACGCACUGUCCGCCGAGGUCCUCAGCAGGAUGUCGGUGCUGGAGCAGAAGCCCGUGCUGCAGACCGUGGACCACGGGUCCGAGUUUUACCCGGACAUCUAGGGGGCCGGCAACCCAGAGUUCACUAAGCUGUUGAAUAUUUUUUUAAUCUAUACUCAUAAGCUUUGA